AUGCAAUUUGCUUAUAAUAAUAAAUUCAAACCAACCAAGAAUGAUUUCCAAUCAAAGUUGAAAAAAAAUUUAGGUAAAAUUUCAUUUAUUAUAACCCUGGUAUUUGUUUUCCUAUUAAUAAUUUACAAAACAACAUUAUCAUAUUCUUCAAAUUCAAUAAAAUCUAUAUAUCCCAAAUAUCAUAGUUUUUACAAAAAUGAUAUUCCAACUAAAUCAUCAUUAAUUUUCCCAAGUGUGGAACAUGCUCCAUUAUUAAGAGAAUUAACUAUUGAUAAAUUAUUUAAUACUCAAUUAGAUCAAGCUGGUAAUAAAAAAUAUUUAUUUUCAGAUUCUUUUGAUGAUGAAACAACAAAACAAAAAAAUGAAGAAGAUUCAUCAAAUCAAAUGCUUAAAGUUAAAAAUUCAUUCCUUAAUCAUGGGAAAUUAAAAUUUAAUGGCCCCGAGACACCAGAAAUUAUAAUUGUAACAGGUAUAGAUUUUGAAAAAUAUGAAUUAAGUCAUCUAACAAAAAUUGUUCAAAAUAGAGUUAAUUAUUCACAAAAAAAAGGGUAUGGUUUAUAUAUAAAUUGGAUUCAACAAUAUACUCCAUUAUUAAAAGAUACUGGAUCUUCAAAAGAAUGGGCAAAAUUAUUUUUAUUAAGAUCUGCUCAAUAUGCUUUCCCAAAUGCAAAAUAUUUUUGGUAUUUAGAUGAAGAUGCCUUGAUUAUGAGAUAUGAUAUUGAUUUAUAUAAAUACUUGUUGGAUCCAAAAGUUCUUGAUCCAAUAAUGUUAAGAAAUCAACCAAUAAUACCACCAAAUGGUGUUAUUCAUACUUUUAAAAACACAAAGGCAGAAAAUGUUCAAUUAAUUAUAACUCAAUCAUCAUCAGAUUUAAACUUAAAUUCAUUUAUAAUUAAAAAUGAAUUCAUUUCCAAAAGCUUGCUUGAAUUCUGGUCAGAUACUUUAUUUAGAACUUAUCAUAAUUUUCCAAAAAAUGGUGAAAGUGCAUUAACUCAUAUUUUACAAUGGCAUCCUAUUUACCUUGCGAGAACUGCAAUUAUCCCACCAAGAACUAUUGCUGGAUUACAUACUCAAAUGGAAUUACCUGAAGGUGGUGAUGAAUUUCAUUAUUCUGAGGGAGAUUUUGUUGUUAGUUUAAGAGAUUGUUCAAUUAGAAAAAGUUGUGAAAGUGAAAUUGAUUUAUAUUGGUCAAAAUUGGAAGGUAAAUAA